AUGUGGCCCCUACCAAGGUCACUCGCUGCCCCUCACCUGGGGAACAUGCUCCUUCUUGGGGUGCUGGUCCUCUUGGCAGGCCCGUCACAAACAGGAGGCCAACCCCAGGCCUUCAAAACCUUCUGCCCUACCGAUUGGGGACUGACACACCUGGCCAUCCACAACAAGACGGGGGAGGUCUAUGUCGGCUCGGUCAACUGGAUCUUCAAGCUCUCCAGCAACCUCACCAAGUUGCGGAGCCACAUGACGGGACCCGUGGUGGACAAUGAGAAGUGCUACCCCCCGCCCAGCGUCCAGUCCUGCCCCCACGACCUGGCCCAGACCAGCAAUGUCAACAAGCUGCUGCUCAUUGACUACGCCCAGAACCGGCUCAUCGCCUGCGGGAGCACCUCCCAGGGCAUCUGCCAGUUUUUAAGGUUGGACGACCUGUUCAAGCUGGGAGAGCCGCACCACCGUAAGGAGCACUACCUGUCCAGCGUGGCCGAGUCCGGCACCAUGUCCGGGGUCAUCAUCACCUCCCCGCACGGACCUGCCAGCAAGCUCUUCAUCGGCACGCCCAUCGACGGCAAGUCUGAGUACUUCCCCACGCUCUCCAGCCGCAAGCUGAUGGCCAAUGAGGAGAACGCCGACAUGUUUAGCUUCGUCUACCAGGACGAGUUUGUCUCCUCGCAGCUAAAGAUCCCUUCGGACACUCUCAGCAAAUUCCCUGCCUUCGACAUCUAUUACAUCUACAGCUUCAGCAGCGAGCAGUUUGUCUACUACCUGACCAUGCAGCUGGACACUCAACUCACCUCGCCCGACGUCUCCGGCGAACAGUUCUUCACCUCCAAGAUCGUCCGUCUCUGCGUGGACGACCCCAAGUUCUAUUCGUACGUGGAGUUCCCAAUUGGCUGCACCAAGGAUGGUGUGGAGUACCGCCUCGUCCAGGACGCCUACCUCAGCCGGCCCGGGAAGCAGUUGGCCGACUCUUUAGAAAUAUCAGAAGAUGAGGACAUCCUGUUCACGGUCUUCUCCCAAGGCCAGAAAAACCGGGCCAAACCGCCCAAGGAGUCGGCCCUGUGCCUGUUCACGCUACGCCGCAUCAAGGAGAAGAUCAAGGAGCGCAUCCAGUCCUGCUACAGGGGAGAGGGAAGGCUGUCACUGCCCUGGUUGCUCAACAAGGAGCUGGCCUGCAUCAACUCGGUGAGUCAUAACACCACUGAUCUCUAUUUGAUUCUCUGAUUCAAUUCACUGCCCUUCAAUUCUGAUAUGUCACUCAAAUUAAAUUCACUUUGAUUCCUAUUUUUCACCAUGCUGUUUUCAGAGAGCAUUGAACAAAAGGCCUAAGCUCUAAUGGCUAACCUUGUGGUCUCACUGGAGAUCUGUCGAACUUGAAGAGACCGUAGUUACAACCACCCUGCAAUUGUCAGGGUUUUGCUUCAGACAGUGGUGAUGAAUACAUGGGCCUUCCUCAACACCCCUCUGCCAUGAUGCUGGCAUUUAGCUUUAGUCCCCUUACACUACUUCUGCCUGGGGCCAUCUGUAGGCCAGUCGUAAUUAGCGAGAGGAAGUGCGAAGCGUCGUGACUCUGAACCCAGUUCCCACUCUUCCUGGAACCACUGAGUGCUUUGAUUUAGUCCAACAGAGACCUCAUUAGCCCAGUCCCUGGGAUUUGUGAAAUGUCACUCAAAUGAGUCACACAGACACACACACACACAAAUUCAUUGAGAGAGGGUUGAUCGGAUGCUGUCUGCAGUACUAGGCCCCUCAGCGAAGACAGAGGCUUGGCUGGGGUUCUCUUACUGAUCUACGGUGCAUGGCUGUGCAUGCUUUAGAUAAAUGAAAUACACAGCCCUCAGUCCACAUCUCUCUCGCUCUCCUUCACCCUCUCCUUUGCCUUUUCCCUUCUCUCUCGUCUUCUCUCUUCUUCUUCUCUCUCUUCUUCUUCCUCUUCCUCUUCCUCUCCUCUCCCACUCACUUCUUCUUUCUUCCCAGCAGUCAUCCCUCUUUCUCUCUCUCUCACUCCCCCUCUAUUGUUCCAUCUACGGUCUACCUCUACUUCUUAUUUUCUUUCUUAGCCUGUCAGCUGGUUUUCUCAAUCUCUCUCUUUCUCCCACUUCUCCUUUCAUUCAUUCCUUUCUUUCCUCUUUUGUGCGUUCUCUCUCUUUCCCCCUCUCUUUCUUUCUUAGUCUCUACCACUCUAAUGAUUAGUUGUUUGAUAUAGCGUUCUUAUUAAACAGCGGUAUGGCCCAGCUUGGCGACAGGUGCUACAUGCUAAUGAAGGCCCAUCUACAGCUGUACAUCCUGCACAUAAUGGACUACAAAUGAGUACAGCAGCAGCAACAGCAGGUUACUCUUUAUUACAGUUAAUUACCAAGAGUGCACAGGUGCUUGAAAGAAAGGGAUGUAAAGAGUGGGAAAGAAGGCUGUGAAAAGCCUAGUUGAGUCACGCCGUCUGUCAUUUCUAAAUCUAGAGAGAGGAAGAGAGAAAAAAUAGGGAAUUGUGAAUGGCCCAGUUGAGGCACUCAGCCGGUCGCCUCACUCCUCCUCAGCUACAGUUGAUUUCCUGUCCUCAUGUUCGCCCUUUCUUUCUCAACUCCGCUUCUCCCCGUUAGUGUUAUUUUGACCGUUUUGGAAAUGGGCUAUGGUUCUACACGUACUAAUGUGUCCUCACAAGAAGCAUUUACACAGGAUAACUAUUAUCCAAAGCCAGUUUCCAUGUGAUCUUCUCUCAAAUAACACCCCACAAUCUGCUUAAUCAGUCACAAACCAUACCACACUGACUCAUUCUGAAUUCCCGCUUUUGAAGCCCACUCGUUGCCACAGCUCCCCGGCCCUGGUGGGAGCGGUGAUGUAAGGGCUGCUAUGUUCAGCUGAUUGGAUGGCCCUUGAUCCCGUGGCGUCGCCAGGUCAGGCUUGAGGACUCAUUGAGUAGAAGUUAUCCUGUAAGAACAGGUCUUGGAACAGCUUUCCCCUCCCCACUCUCUUAACCUUAACCAUUGAAAACUGACCUUAGUUCAGUGUCUGGGGGUGAUUUCGGCCCAUUGCUCCGUGAGGGGGUAGAUGAGGUAAGCAGUUGAAACUGGUGUAGAGCUGCUUGGAGGCAAGGCGGAUGGAGGCAGGCAAUUGGCCGGCUGAAGGGUACAGCCUAUCAUGAUGAAUGGUCUCCCGUACUGUCAGCUCCCCUCAUUGCCCCGUAAAUGGACUGGGACGGUGUGUGUGUGAGUGUGUGGAAAGCUCACACAGGUUCACUGUUGCAGAUAUUUAUUAUGUAAUUUUGUCCUGUAUAUUGCACACACACAGACACACACAGAGACACACACACACACACACAAACACAGCUAGCCGAGGCGACCUCAACCAGUGGCGAUGUUCUCAGGCCCUCAUCUCAUCUGUCUGAGGUUUAUUAGUGAUGCUAUGACCUUCCACCACUCUGGGAGUAGAUCCAUAAAAACCAUUUCUCCACUGAGAGAGAGCGAGAGUGAGGGAGCGAGAGAGAGAUGGGAAGGGCGAGGAGUAGGGAGGGAGAAAUGGAGGGGGAGAGCAAGUGGGUGGAGAAUUAGGAGAGGGGGGAAACGAUGGAGAGAGGGGAGGGAGAGCAAGUGGGUGGAGGAUUGGGAGAGUGGGGGGGGUGGGGUGGAGAGGGAAGAAAUAGAGAGCUAGAGCGAACGGGAGAGAGACAGAAAUAGUGAGUUAGAGAGAAAUGAAAAGAGAAAGCUAGAGAAUGCUAGCUAGCUACAGAAAGCCUGUGCUGGCCAUGUGUCUGCUAGUGCCAUCAGCAACAGAGCAGGAGGAGAUGAUUGAACGCAUGCUCCAGCACUAAUAAUAUUGGUGUCAGUCACCCUGGCGCUGGGCUGUCACCGUCACUGCUGCGCCUUUCAAUCAUCCGCGGCUUUUCACGGGGAGGCGCUUUCUACCGCUGCCCCUGACCCUCCGCGCCAGCUGGUGGCUGGUAGUAUCCCAGAUAACGCUCACCAUCUUCAGGUGACAUCUUGACAUUCACGCCUUCAGGAAGUGAAUAGGAGGAGAAUAGAAUAGUGGAGGAUAUCCAUUAGUAUUGGCGCUGUAGUGAUUUCAGUGUGUGUGAGUCUUUGUUGGGGAUGGUUGUGUGUGUGUUGGGGGGGGGGGGGAUUUUGAGUGUGUGUGUAGGCUCUCAUGAAGUCUGUAAUAGACAAACACAAUACAAGUCUACAACGAUCACAACCGUUCCUUAGGUCUAGCCCACAUCUAUAUUUCUCCCUCUCUCGCUCUCUCUUUCUCAUUGCUCUCUCGCCCUAUUUCUCCCUCUCUCACUCUCUCACUCUCUCACUCACUAUUGGCUAAGAUGGCGGCGACGGAUUGCUAGUGUUUUUUUCGAGUUUUUCUCAAAUUUUAUAACAACGUUUGUUUCGUGCAUUACUUCAUACACCUGUGUAGAACUAUUGGAAUAUGAGUCUCUGGGUACUCACCGUCCACCUGACCUUCCUGAAUUCCCGGAGAUGGUAGAACAAUGGUCUAGCUUCUUCGGUGAGGCGCCGGGAUUCCUACCGGAGAGUAGGAAACGAAGACGGAGAGGCCGUCGUGGGGGGAUCUUAGUGAGAUUGAGACGCCUGGUGACCCGUACUAAGCAGGACGCGUGUGGUAAACUAUGCAGGAUGCCUACUCACAGCAUUAUUGAACUCAACUGGUAUCUCUUCAAACUAAGAGCGGAUGUGUAUCUCCUACUCUCUCCAUGCAUCUAGCCUCUGGAGUUUGAUAGUGUUGCAGAUGUGCCUUUUUAUCUGUUAAACUACUUCCGUCCUGCCUCCACUCCUUAGAGCCCAUACAAAAGACUAGGACUGUGUCCUAAAUGGCCCCCAAUUCCUUAUAUAGAGCACUACUCUUGACAAGGGCUGGUUAAAAGUUGUGCACUACAUAGGGAGUAGAGUUGCAUUUGGGCCGUAAUUAGGAGACGCCACUGCUACACAGACCUACAUUAAGAUAGGCCUAGAUACUGAAGGCUUUGUUGGGGCUAAUGCUAUCCGCUAAUAGCGUUAUUCAAUUUCAUAACUUUGCUUAUUCCAUACAGGGGGAAAUACAAUUUAAUUGAGUUUACGCAAGUCAAGUUAAAUAACGCUGCAAUAUCAGAUUCAAAAUCAACUAUGUGUUCAGAUACUACAUUUCAAACACUUAAUCUGUGCUUGAUUGAGCUUGACUCGCGCAAUAGAAAUUCCCCCCAAAAAUCUAGAACUCCAGGCAGGCUAAAGCAAAUGCUAAAAGAUACAAAAUAGUAUUUGAACUCAGGUCUGGAAGGGCUAUGUUCUUCCAAAACUAUAUUUGCUACGUUUCAACUCAAGCAAGGCCAACUAAUAACCUUAUUAAAUAUAUUUGCCUUAGCGAUUCUGAGCGGUAAUUACGAUAAAUGUAAAACACAGGACUAUCCCCCUUCCCUUUAUCAGAAUGUGACGGUAAACGCACAUAGCUCAUUAAACAUGACUAAUUGGGACGACGGCAGUGACGACCACCGGAUGGAUGAUUCUUAGUUAAUUGAGCGACGUAAUGAGCUGAGGUGUGAGAAUUACUGGUUUGAACCUAUUAUAUAAGAUACUAAUGUACUAAUAUUAGACAUUUUUAUGUAUUGGGUUAGAAUGACGGCCAAACCAAGCACUCCAUUGGAGAAGUGUGUGUGUCUUCCUGUGUGUGUGUGUUUGCGUAUCAGUGUUUCUCCUAGAAUUGUCAGUGGCGAUGGUGGGGGGGUUGUAGAACGACUGUGAGAAGUUAACUUCUGGUGUCUUUUUAAAAUUACAUUUUAAUUCAUGUUGACACCAUCUGAAAUAUAAGUGAUGGGAGCCACUGCACUGUAGGGAGAUGAUGAGGAGCCACUGCUUACUCUGUUUGCUUAAAACAUAAGUUGUAAUUGUCACUCUGACCUUAAAGGGAUAGUGCGAUAAUUUGGCAAUUAAGGAUAACAUUUUUAUGUCUCUGCGUGCCGUUUGAAGGUAGUUUCGCCAAAAAUGUAUUGGAAUGGCGGCAAUGAUUUAAAUCGUCCCUCUCUUCGAAUCCUUUUAUUGAUGUAGGAAAGUAGCUCUCCUCUUCUUGUCUCUCUAUGUCUGUCAAUGUAUCUCUAUAUAUUUCUUCUUAUGUAUCUGAUUUAUCUCCUAUCUCUCUUCUCUAUUUCUCGUCUAUCUCUCUCUUUCUCUCUCUCUCUCUCUCUCUCUCUCUCUAUCUCUCUCUCUCUCUUCUCUGUCUCUCUUCUCUCUGUCUCUCUCUCUCUCUGUCUCUCUGUCUCUGUCUCUGUCUCUCUCUCUCUCUCUCUCUCUCUCUCUCCGUCUCUCCCACCACCCCCCUAUCUUCUCUCCCUCUCUCGCUGGCCUUUUUAGCUCACAAAUCUCCAUCCCGGACCCCAUGCUAAUGAUACUAAUUGCCAGUGUAAUUAUUUAUUGAUCCCUGUGAGUGUUUUGUGUUUCAAGUUUCAAAGUGUACUUGUCACGUGCACGGGAUACAGCAGGUGUAAAACAGUACAGUGAAAUGCGUUCUUCCAAACUCUUUCCCAAUAAUGCAGUAAUACAUGUAAUAAUAUAGAUAAGAAAACACAAGAAAUACGAGAGAAAACCCCCACAAGAAUGAUAUACUGGAUUGAUUGAGGUAGAUAUGUACAUGUAAAAAGUGACUGGUAGCAGGAUAAAUAUGAAUGGUAAUAGUAAUCAUAAUUUUCAACCACAAAAAUAUAAACGCAACAUGUAAAGUGUUGAUCCCAUGUUUCAUGAACUGCGAUAAAAGAUCCCAGAAAUGUUCCAUAGGCACAAAAAGCUUAAUUCUCUCAGAUUUUGUGCACGAAUGUGUUAAUAUCCCUGUUAGUGAGCAUUCCCAAUUUAGGGAGGAGAGAGACUGUUAGGCUUGGAAGAGUGCAUGUGUCUGUGUGUGUGUGUGUGUGUGUGUGUGUGUGGUGUGUGACCUGAUGGUCAGGAGAGCAGUUUUCCAGUGGAAAACUACAGCCCGCCUAAAGAGGGGUGGGAUUUUUCCUCUGACGUGUGCGUAUAAAAAUAUUGUACGACUAUUUUGUUUCAGAACGUUCUCAUGAAUAAAGCCUGAUGAUUGUAUGCUGGGCUGCUUGGUCUGAUUAUUAGAGAUUUACAACCUCUGGGAUACAGACUGAGUAAUACGUUCAUUUUUGAAACAUUGAGAUAGAAAUUCUCGUAACAUGACUUUAACUAUCACUUAGGCCUAGUCAGAGAUACAUGUUGAAAGUGUUUUUUACACUUUUGGGAAGCUGAUACCUGAAAUAUUGACUGUAGUGCCAAUGCUUGCUGCCUUCACAGUGGAAAAUAAACAGUCUUUCUUACAAGACUGAAACACAACACAAUACCUAGCUGUGCAUUUAAAUACGAUUCAAGGCUUGUCCAAGGGCCACUCGUUACAAGUAGGAACAACCAAUCACACUCCCAUCUCCACAUUGCUCGUUGCCAUGGCGUUAUAGGCCUAUCUGACGUGAGAGAUUGGCCCCCUGAGAGAUUUUACAGUUGGCUUGUAAUGACCGGUAUUCUAAAACAACUGUGUGUGUUUGUGUUAGUCAUUCUAGGCACUGUGUGUUUGUGUGUGAAACAUGCACAUACGUGUGUGUGUGUGUGGCGCUAGGUGCACCUGCAUCGUUGUGUGUGUGUGUAUGCCCUAUGUCCCCCCCCCCGUGACUAAGCCGUGAUAUGUGACAGUGCUUGACUGUGGGCUGUAGGUCAGGAGUUCCCAGUGGGAUUUCCCCUGGCCUGUCUGUCACACUGGUGAUGAGUCAGCGCACGACACACAUACUAUACACUUUGCUAUUGGAAGUACAGCUCACGAGUAGGACAUGUUCCAUGAAGCUUUGGACGUUGGUGUCAGUGCCUAACCCAAGUGCUUUAAAUUUGCAUUUGGAAAAGCGCUGUUUAAAAUCCAAUUAGUUUUAAAAAGUGCUACAGACACAGUUGGGCAAAUAGUAGAGGGACAGACCGAGAUGCGCGCACAAAUGUUUUUAUUUACUUUGAGAGGAGUCUCUUUCUCUUUAAGAGACUCCAGCGAUGUCUCCUUAAGCUCAGCUGGGAUUCUGGGUAAUUUAUGAGCGAGAAAGGCGGAGAGGGUAAUAGGUGCAGAGAGAGUGAGACUGAGUGAGACAGAGAGCAGGCAUACAGGCAGGUAGCACACACACACACACACACACACACACACACACACAGAGAGAGAAGCCCAGUGGAAUGUAUGAAUAGUUUGUGCUGUGAAAUGCCAGGCUGUUUUGGUGUAUGUGUGGAAUGUGGCAGCGUGUAUUUAGUUACGCCCUCGCUUGUGUGUGUUUAUUUAUAGAGCAGGACCUCUGUCUAUAUAUGUGUGUGUGGACUUGACCACUCACAGAAUCAGACCGUUGUGUAUCCAUGCAUGAUGCAUACUCAUACAUGUAUAAAUGUAUGAACGCACAUUUAAUGAAUAGGGGGGAGGGGCAGAUAUUAGUUUUUAUUUCUAAUUUAUUAGUUUUACAAAUUUUUCUUUGAAAUUCAGUUUAGUUUCAAGUAGUUUCCAGACCUGAUUUACUCGUUUUUAUUCAGUUGUAGUUUUAAUAAAACAAUUCUAUUUAGUUUAGUUUUAUAUUAUUUAGUGUUAGGGAUAGAAGUAGCCUGUGCCUGGGAGGAUGGAGACAUUUGUGUUGUAUAGUUUUUGUGUUUUUUGGGAUGACACUUCUUGCCACUGGGGGGCAGUAAUGCAUAAAGUGAUGGGUCAGCUCAUAGGUUAGGUUUACUUGACUUGGAUUUAAAAGGAUUAGCGCCUAGACUCGCAAAAUAAAUAUGGUGGAAGGAAACUCUCUUGACCGACCACUGGUGGUUUUCAUCUGAAUGUCAAACAAAUCACUUCAAAAAUUAGGUUACGUGACCAGACCGCAUCCGAUACAUGGGCUACGCUUACAUUUCCUCUGCCUCAACGACGAUGGCAGUAUUAUCAGCAGCACCUGUAUUUUUAUAAAUACAUGUGUUAACUUAGGUAAUUUUUCUGUUAAAGUUUAAUAUUUGUAUUUUCUCUGCCCGGCUCUGAAAGCGCCUCAUUGUUUAAGCUGAGAAAUUCUAUUAAAAAAAAAAAGAUUACUAGUAUUAUUGUUAUGAGGCCUGAGGCAAUUUCCUCUUCUGCCUAAUGGUAAGUCUGUCACUGGUCCCGCUCAGACUGUUUAACAUUGAAAAAAACUGUGUCCGUUUCUGUCUAACGGCUAGGCUCUACCAUAGACACCAAUGCAUUAUCAGCUGGGUCUGGUCUGCUUGGUUCAUUGACUGUAUAUGAACCAGAAAAAAUGAGGGAGUGGGAUGUCUCGCUUCCUCUUCCGUGUUUGGUUUAGCUCGCCGUUUGGCUAGGCUAACUUCACUGUUAGCAAGUGAUUGAUAGUGAUGCAUAAGGCCUAUUUGAAACAUUGCCAUCACCUGGCAGCAUUUACCCACCAGAUUUAAGAAACUUGAAAACCCCAUUUGAAGAAGAAAAAUCUUGAAAACCCCAUUCGAUUUUUGCCCCAAGUUUUUUUUCUUUUCUUUUUCGGAACAUAAUUCAUUAUGGUUUUUAUUUUAGUUAGUUUUGGAGUCAAAGAUAAUAGCAUCAGUAUAGUUUUAGUUUUUCAAACGGCUUUGUUAAUAAUUUUUUCAUGAUUAGUUUUAGUUUUCUUUUCAGUUUUAGUUUACUAUAAUAACAUUGGUGUGUGCGCACACAUGUGCAUAAUUAAGCAGUAAGGCCCGAGGGGGUGUGGUAUAUGGUCAAUAUACCACGGCUAGGGCUUUUCUAAUGCACAACGAAACGCGUAGUGCCUGGAUACAGCCCUUAGUCGUAGUUUGUUGGCCAUAUAUACCACGAACCCCUGAGGUGUCUUGUUGCUGUUAUAAACUGGUUACCAACGUAAUUAGAGCACCAUUUUUUUUUGGGGGGGGGUAAUACCCGUGGUAUACGGUCUGAUAUACCACGGCUGUCAGCCAAUCAGCAUUCAGGACUCGAACCACCCAGUUUUAUAAUUUGAAAAUAUACCGUCCAGUGUAGGUUAGCCACCACAGUAAGUGUGUCUUCUUCUUGUAGGCUAUAGGUCAGCUUUCAAACCCAGAAGAAUACCAUUACUCUUCACUACCCAGUAGAACUCUGGUGUGUGUCCCAAAUGGCACCCUGUUCCCUAUAUAAUAGUGCACUACAUUUGACCAAGGGGCCAAUGGGCUCUGGUCAAAAGUAGUGCAUUAUAUAAGGAAUAGGGUGCCAUUUGGGACGUAACCGCUGUCUCUGUGUACUAUGUACUGUAUCUUAACCCUUUCAAAUCCACCCCCGUGAUGGAUUAACCCUUCAAGGUCCUUCUCUCCAGGCUCUGGUGUCGUGGGGCUACCGUGUGUCUGACUAAGUGCCCGACUCAAAUUCAGAUUGAUGGAGACUAGCUUGCACUUCUCUCAUGACUGGGUUGAAUAUGGCCCCUGUGGGCAUCUGGAGAAGGAUCGGUAGGAUUGUAGUGGAGUGAAGUGUGUGUGUGUAUAGUCGGUUUUGUCCAGAUGGGAGACUGGCCAAGGCCAUUAGUGAAUAAAAAGACUGUUGUUUCAGGUAAUGGCUCAGUGGACAUGUGGACACACACACACACACAAACACACUCCUCUACAAUCCUCCCAAUCCUUCUCCAGAUACCCAUUGCGAGUCGAGGAAGGUUCCCGUAAACCAGCAAUCCCUCUCUCUCUCCACUGGGCUGCAGGGGGAACAAGGGGUCUUUGUUAACUGAAUUGAUAUCCAGCUGGCUGUCCCUUUCCUGUCUCUCCCUGUCUCUCCCUGCUUUUCUUCCCGCUGUGAGAUGGAUAGAUUAAGAGAGAAAGAUGCAGAGUUAAAGAGGUGGAGGGGGGGAGGAAUGGAGGGAGAGAGAAAGGGGGAUAUUAAUGCGUAGAGUUACUGUACUCGUCCACUGUAGUUCUUGGCCAAGGGAUGGUUUGGAAGUGGGAGGGGGAGGGAGCGGGAGUGAAAGAAAGUAGAAAAGGGAGAAACGGGAUAUUGACGAGAGUCGUGUUGCAAGCAAUUUAGGCAGAUGGUGAGGAACCUGAGGGAGAGAGGAAGAGAUAACUGUUCUCUUCUGUGGAUCAAUCAGAUGUAGUGAUAAGACUUUGGAUUACACCACCCUUUACACACUCAUGUUCACGAUAGCAAACUGCAUAUCUGUUGGGACUCUUUCCUUUGUCUUUCUGUAACUGCAACUGUGCUCUGAUAUUGUACUGUAUAAAACGCGGCUAACUCAAGGCUAGACCCACUGUUAUGCCGUCUCUCCUAACGCUUCUCUCUCUCUCGUUCAGCCUCUUCAGAUCGACGACAACUUCUGCGGCCAGGACUUUAACCAGCCGCUGGGUGGGACCAGCACUAUAGAAGGGAUACCGCUCUUCAUCGACAAGGAUGACGGCAUGACCUCGGUGGCCGCCUACGAUUAUCGUGGCAACACUGUGGCCUUCGCCGGCACGCGCAACGGCAGGGUAAAGAAGGUAUGA